GCGCGGAGCUGCCCGCGGGCAGCGCGGGGGCCCCCAGGUCGGCCGCCCCCUUCCCCCCUCCCCCCCCAGCCGCACCUGGAUGGUACCUCCCGCCGGCGACGCGGGCACUUUCUGAACUAGGAAGGAAGGGGCGACUCGGGGGGGGGGCGGGGGGGCCGCCGAAGUCUGUAUGGAAUUACCUGCGCCCGCGGCGGAGCUGGCAGCGGUGGAUGGAUGGGCGCCGCGUCCGCGGCACUCGCGGCCAGCUCAGCCCCAGGAGUAAACACGGGGCUUCUCCGGCCGAGUGCGCAGUGUGGUGACCGGCACUCGCCUCGCUGACUGAUCGCACCGGAGGGAUAUUUCGGGAGACUCCUGUGGGAAGCAGUGACAGAAGGACAGAAGAUGAAAGCUCCUAUUCCCAACUUGAUUCUCUUGUAUGCUACUCUAACUCAGAGCCUGAAGGUUGUGACCAAAAGGGGAUCAGCUGAUGGAUGCACUGACUGGUCUGUGGAUUACAAGAAAUAUCAAGUUCUAGUGGGAGAACCUGUUCGUAUAAAAUGUGCACUCUUUUAUGGAUAUAUUAGAGCUAAUUACUCCCUAGCCCAAAGUGCUGGACUUAGCUUGAUGUGGUACAAAAGCUCUGGACCUGGAGAUUUUGAGGAACCUAUAGCUUUUGAUGGAACCAGAAUGAGCAAAGAAGAAGAUUCCAUUUGGUUCCGACCAACAGUGGUACAAGACAGCGGGCUCUAUGCAUGUGUUAUAAGAAACUCAACUUACUGUAUGAAAGUGUCCAUUUCGCUGACAGUGGGUGAAAAUGACACUGGACUCUGCUACAAUUCAAAGAUGAAAUAUUUUGAGAAAGCUGAACUUAGCAAAAGCAAGGAAAUCUCAUGCCCUGAAAUUGAGGAUUUUUUAUUUCCAUUUAGGGAACCUGAAAUUCUGUGGUAUAAGGAAUGCAAGUCAAAGACAUGGAGAUCAAGUAUUGUGUUUAAAAAGGACACUCUUGUCAUUCGGGAAGUUAGAGAGGAUGACAUUGGAAAUUACACUUGUGAGUUAAAAUAUGGAUUCUUUGUUGUCAGAAGAACGACGGAAUUAACAGUUACAGCGCCACUAACAGAUAAACCACCAAAGCUUUUACAUCCCUUGGAGAGUAAGCUAACAAUUCAGGAGACUCAGUUAGGUGGUUCUGCUAAUCUAACCUGCCGAGCUUUCUUUGGAUAUAGUGGAGAUGUCAGUCCUUUGAUCUACUGGAUGAAAGGAGAGAAGUUUAUUGAAGAUUUAGAUGAUAGUCGAGUCUGGGAAAGUGACAUUAGGGUUCUCAAGGAACAUCUUGGGGAGCAGGAGGUUUCCAUCUCAUUGAUUCUUGACUCUGUUGAAGAGGCAGACCUAGGGAAUUAUUCAUGCUACGUCGAGAAUGGCAAUGGGCGCCGGCAUGCCAGCAUUCUUCUACACAAAAGGGAGCUGAUGUACACAGUUGAGCUUGCUGGUGGGCUUGGUGCUAUUCUGCUGCUGCUUGUUUGUUUAGUGACUAUCUACAAGUGUUACAAGAUAGAGAUUAUGCUCUUCUACAGGAAUCAUUUUGGAGCUGAAGAACUAGAUGGAGACAACAAAGACUAUGAUGCAUAUCUAUCUUAUACCAAAGUGGAUCCUGACCAGUGGAAUCAAGAAACUGGAGAAGAAGAAAGAUUUGCUCUUGAGAUCCUACCAGAUAUGCUUGAAAAGCAUUAUGGAUACAAGUUGUUCAUCCCAGACAGAGAUUUGAUUCCCACAGGAACCUACAUUGAAGAUGUGGCAAGAUGUGUAGACCAAAGCAAGCGACUGAUCAUCGUCAUGACUCCAAGUUAUGUGGUAAGAAGAGGUUGGAGCAUCUUUGAACUGGAAACAAGGCUUCGAAAUAUGUUAGUCACGGGAGAAAUCAAAGUGAUACUGAUUGAAUGCAGUGAACUACGAGGAGUUAUGAACUACCAGGAGGUCGAGGCCCUAAAACAUACCAUCAAGCUCCUCACUGUCAUUAAAUGGCACGGACCAAAAUGCAACAAGUUGAAUUCCAAGUUCUGGAAACGUUUACAGUAUGAAAUGCCUUUUAAGAGAAUUGAACCCAUCACAAACGAGCAGGUUUUAGAUGUCAGUGAGCAGGGGCCCUUCGGGGAACUGCAGACAGUCUCCGCAAUUUCCAUGGCUGCUGCCACCUCUACUGCUCUUGCCACUGCCCAUCCAGACCUGCGCUCCACCUUUCAUAACACAUAUCACUCACAGAUGCGCCAGAAACACUAUUAUCGAAGCUAUGAAUACGAUGUACCUCCAACCGGCACCCUGCCGCUUACCUCAAUAGGUAACCAGCACACCUACUGCAACAUCCCUAUGACACUUAUAAACGGGCAGCGACCACAGACAAAAACUAACAGGGAGCAGAACCCAGAAGAGGCUCACACAAACAGUGCCAUACUGCCCCUCCUGCCACGGGAGACCAGUAUAUCCAGUGUCAUCUGGUGACCGAGAUGCAAGGGGCUGUCAACCCCCUUGAGUAGGAGCAGAGUCUGCAGUCUGGUGCCUGGAACUACAUCCUCGACUGCUGCUGUUAAACAUGCAUUACAAUCGAUAACAUACGAGGAAAAACAGGGUCUUGUACAUAUGUUUUUGCAAUUUCUUUGUAGCAUCAGUCUUCCUGUUUUACCCAUGUCUCUUCCCAUUCACAUUUUCGACUUUGUUUUAUAUGUCAUUGGAAUUUGUAUAUUUACAUUUUUUUAAAUGAAGAGACUGCUGUAUAGAUAGGAAACUUUUUUGCUUCAUUAGUAUAGUUUUAGGGUUUUUGUUUGUUUGUUUUUAACCUCUCUCGGGAAUGCUUGGACAAAGCUAUGUUGAUAUCAGAAGCACCAUCCAUUUUGUUGGCCUGCCUAGCCUGAUUCCUGAAGGCCAUGCCUGCUGCAGCUCACCUCUUUUGGAGAGUAUUUGUUUUUAGAAGGACCCCAUCCCUCACUGAGCGCUCCAGUUUCAUUUCUACUCCCUUAAUGUGCACUGCUCCUUCCCUACCCUUAAAAAGACCCCAGUUUGGGGUAACACUGCAGUCUGACCACCUAACAUGUAACUUGGUAGAUACCUGUCAAACCACAGAAUAUACCCAGUUUGUAUCGGUUGCUUCACAGUAGUCACUACAGAGUGUAUAGAAACUAGAGCCGGUUUGGUUUUUUGUUUUCUUGGGUUUGUUUUUUUUUUUUAAUUAUUAUUUCGAGAAUGAGUUGAUUGUAUUCCUUUUAUAAAUAUAAAAGCAAACCCUAUUUUUAACACAUCCUGGAAAAGUAUCAAUGUGGUUGUGGAUUUUAUUUUUCAAGCAUUUAAUUUUUUCUUUUCCCCCUUAAAAAAAUCCUGCAAAUGAUGUCAUUUGCAAAUGUCAGGCGAGUAAGACGAGUGAGGCAAUAGGCACUGAAGUGCAGAAUCCUGCUAAUAUGUACAGUGAUGACUUCCAAACCAAAGGGGAAUAAAAAGACAGUAUUGUAGAUGGUUUGUCACUUUGUAUUAUAGAAAGUGUUAUUUUCAAAAAAGAGUAAGAGCAAAACAUUAUUUUGCUGUGGAUUACAGAGUCCCCUUGUAUUUUAAUGUUCCAAAAAUUGUAUUUGCUUUAAAAUGCUAUAUUAAGGGUUAAGAAAUCUUCUUUCAUUUGGUUUUAGCUUGUAAUGAUAAAUAAAACUUUAUUAAUUUCAACAUGAUUUAAUAAGAACUCAGGCAGAAAAAAUGACAUGAAUACCAGAAAUAUAACUGUUUUCAGAAUAAAAUUUAUUUAUACAAAAUUAA